UUAUGCAGCUCCUACUACACUGAGGCCCCAAAGUACUACACCACCAAAGCAGCUGAGUACUAUACAACUGCUUCCUACUACAUCACUAAAGCGCCAGAAUACUACACCAUCGAUUCCUGAUCGCAACGAAGGCAUUCGUCUAGUUUGUUAUUCUGAUUCAGAUUCAGAUUUGGAUUUGGACACCGAAGAAACUGAGAAUAUUCCAGACGAAGUAAGUACACCUAAAAAGGAACGCACCAGCAACCACGUCAAUCCGACGAUUACACGUUCACCUUACGAUAUCGGCCUCAGGAAUAUUGACAUCACGUGUUACGUCAAUGCAACCCUCCAAGCCUUGUUUGCUCUUCCCGGCUUCACUGACGAUCUGGUUUCGGCUUUCGAAGGCACUGAAAACUUGCCACACUUUGCUUCCUUGUUGGGCAACAUGAUAGCCGCACGGAAAAAAGGUUUGCCCGAUGAAGUGGACAAAAUAAACGAAGAUCUUGUCAAGAAUUUGUGGAUGCUUCAUCCGAGCUAUGAAGUCCGUGAGCAGCAAGAUGCCAGUGAGUUCCUGAUCCGGUUGAUCGAGCAUUUGAAAUUGGCUUUACCAGCUGGGCCAAUGAAUCCAGUUGAAUCCCAUUUCGAAUGUGAAAUUAUUGAAGUGGUCCAUUGCACUGCGUGCGGCAAGAAGAAGAAACGUGCCCAGAAACACACGUCCAUCUGCCUGAAAAUAGAGAAAGAUUCACGUAACCUAGAGCAAUGUUUGGAGGUUUACAUGGCGGAAGAGGAACGUGAACUGGCGUGCAGCAGUUGUAAGGCGACCACUAUGAAGAUCAGCUGGGAAUUCAGGACACUUCCAAGCAAGCUCAUAUUGACGGUGAAUCGUGAACGUGCAAAAUUGGCAAAGCACAUUCUUCCACCCCAAGUGUUAUAUAUUCGACAGUUCCUGGAAAACCCGGAAAGUGAGCUGUCUAGUGAGUACACCCUGGCUGCUCAAAUUGUUCACAUUGGCCCCUUCCAAGAUUCUGGUCAUUAUGUUUCUCAUGUUUACUGUGAAGAUGGUGUUUGGCGCUGUUACGAUGAUGAUAAGUCCGUAAAAACUGUUUCGAUAGAAGAUGUAAUUGAAUCUGUCGAUGGUGAAACGGCCUACGUGUAUUUUUACGUUCGUCGUGAUGCGCCUAAACGUCUCCCCACGAGCACUGCUGUAUCAUCUGAAACGCAAUAUGUGAAUGGUGGCAAAGAAGAUGCUAGCAAAGUUGAAAUACGAUUAACCAGGGCAUCCAGUAAAUCUCUCGCAAGAACUGUUUUGCCAGUGACUCCAAUGUUUUCCUGGUCGGAUGGACCCGACCGCUUCUCAGUAACCACUGAAGAUUAUGCUUGUUUAAAUCAGGACAAUCUACUAAAUGACAGUAUCAUCAACUUUUAUCUCCGAUAUGUUUUCAGUACUAAAACUGAUGAUAGUCUGAAGAAGAAAUGCCACGUAUUUUCAUCGUUUUUCUACAAACGGUUAACGACUCGCCCACCCAAAGUCAAUGGACGGGAAGAUCCAAUUGAAGAUGACGAUUCCAUUUCGAUAAAGGAACGUCAUUCAAGAGUUAAAUCGUGGACAAAGAAAGUGGACAUUUUUGAAAAGGAUUAUCUCGUGAUACCCAUCAACGAGCGUAACCAUUGGUUUCUAGCCAUUGUCUGUUUUCCUUGGUUAUCAGGACCGGUGACCGCCUCAGACGCAAUCGACCGCACUCCAGUAGAAAAAUUGCCAGAGAUUGCUGGUCUUAUCAAACAGCCUUGCAUCUUGUUUUUUGAUUCAAUGGCGGGAAGCGCACACGAUCUAGUUGCUACGACUCUUCGCGAGUAUUUAAUGGUGGAACACCAAGUAAAGAAAAUGAAGCCAAAUGAGAAAUCAAUUGAUGCUUUCAGAAGGGACGCCGUUAAACCGUCAACCAACCCCUUUACCAAAGACUCGAUGAUAUCGGCAUGCCUUGAUGUGCCUCAACAAAAUAACUCGUACGAUUGCGGGAUAUUUGUGCUUCAAUACGCAGAAUACUUUAUGAAAAAUCCAAUUCCGGAUUAUAAUUUACGGAAUAUAAAAUUAAGCAAUUGGUUUCCAUCUCAUUUUGCCGGAAGGAAAAGAAAAAACAUUCAGUUCUUAUUGAUAAAGCUCACCAAGGGAAUGAAUCCUUCGGCAGACCAAGUUCUGACAUUGUUACCUCCAGAUGACGUCAAAAUUGCACUUCAAGACCGUAGUAAGACUGCUGCCGCUUCAAAUAAAGAAAAUGGUGAAUAUCGAAGUGAGACGGAGGCGAUGGAGGAAGACGGCAAAUCUGAGGGGUGUCUCGAUGAAGAGAAGGUCGAAAAGGGAGCCAGCUCAUCAUAUGUCGUGUAUGACCAAGAGGCGAAUAAUGAAACUUAUGCCGAAUCUGACUCGGAAUCACAUAAAGGCAACGUAUCCAAAGGAAAACAAAAUACAAUUAAGAAGCGGCGGCUACAUACAAGAGUACAAUCUUCGGAUUCUGAAAAAGAAAAGCCGAAGAAGCGUGAAAAAGCUGAAAAAAACAAACCGUAUCGUCGAAUACAGGAACAAAUCGCUACUACAAGCGACUCGGAGAAUUUAAACGAUUCAGAAAUUGAGGUCCCUAUGGAUGAAACUGAAGCCGCUCGCAAAGACGAAGAAGAUCACCAAAAGCGUAUAGCUAAGCGUGACAGUGCCAACAAUGAAGCCUUUGGUGGGGAUGCGCAGAGAGUAGGUCAGCGCCUGGUCUUAGAUUUUGACCCUAAAAAUAAAGUGGAAUUCGUUACGGUGCACCCGGAACUAGUCACCAAACUGAAUCUCCCUCAGAUCAAAGGUGUAAAACUAAUGUAUGAUGCUUGCUUCGAAUCCAUCGAGAGACUCAAGCAUCGGACUCCUGGCUCUGGGUGUAUUUUGGCCAAUUGCAUGGGUGAAUUUCUUCAAGUAAUCACGUUGGUACAUACGGUCCUUACCAACAAAGAAUGCAAGGUUAAGACUGUGCUAAUUGUCUGUGAUGUCGGAAAAAUUUUGAACUGGGUUGACCAGUUCAAGAAGGAGCUUCCAAAACAUUCAGAUAUUGAAUUGUACCAAAUGGCUGGCGCAAAGCACUACACUAGAGAUCCCCCUAAAGAUAAAAGAAAGCCAAUGUUUGAGAAGUGGCGUGAUUUGGGAGGGGUUUUGUUGAUCGGAAAAGAAAUGUUUCGUAAUUUAACGAACCCAAAUUACAGAUAUAAAAAAUCCGACAAGGAGUGCGAAGAGUUUAAUGAUUUGCUAGUAAAACCUGGGGCGGACCUCGUAAUAAUAGAUGAUUUACUAAAAAGUGAGAAGGCUAAGAUGUUCAAUGCAUUGAACAAGAUCGCUACUAGAAGAAGAGUGGUCUUGACAGGCACUCCGCUCGAGAAAGACCCUAUAAAAUAUCACUGCAUGAUUCAAUCCGUGAAACCUAAUCUACUAGGAAUGACAGUUGAAAAAUUCAAGAAUCUAUUUGCCAAUCCCAUUAAAAACGACCAGUUUGAAAAACUACUAGAAGGUUUCGUACACCGAUUCGACAACGCCGAGGAAGUAUUGCCUCCAAUGUACGAAUACGUCGUUUUGGUGAAGUCUUCGCCACUUCAGAUCGAGAUGAAUGACUUUUACGUGAAGAAUGUCGCCAAGCGACUCUCUGCCACCUACAAGACAUUGCAGCGACUUUGGACGCAUCCCAAAGCGUUGAAGUUGGCAGAACACACUCGUAAAAAUAGAUCUAACAACAAAAACAAUGAAUCCGAUGGUUCCAUAGCGGAUUCUGACGACGGAGAAGAAACCCCCGUUAGCGACGAUGACAGUCGCUCAGAAGAUGAGCCAGAAGAUAAGUUAGGCGUGACUCCAAUGUCUAGAACCUGGUUCAAAAAAUUCGUCAAAGACGAGGCCAUAAUCAAAAUGGAAGACAGUGGCAAGCUCACACUUCUUAUGGCGAUUCUUCAUCAGUGCGAGUCCAUUGACGAUAAAGUUGUGGUUUUCUGCACGUGCCGUGCUUCGUUAAAGUUGAUAGAUGAAUUUCUCGAAGCGAGUGGGACAUGGGUUCCCAAUAAACACUACUUCAGAUUAGAUGGAUGCAUAACACCACAGGAGCGUAAAGCCGUCCGAGAUUGUUUCAAUGAUCCCACCAAACAUCAAGCUCGGCUUGUCCUUCUUUCAUCUGUAGCCGGUGGCUUGGGAGACAAUCUGGUAACUGCCAAUCGUGUGGUUAUUUUCAACGCAUCGUGGAAUAAGGACGAUUUUCAUUGUAUUCAGAGCGUUUAUUGCACAGGACAAACAAAGCCCUGCCAUGUGUAUCGGUUUUUGGCUGCAGGCACAAUGGAGGAGAAAAUUUACAAUCGCCAGGUUCCGCCGGGCCAACAUGACCAUGACAAUUUCAACCCGGCGGAAUAUGUCUACGAAUUAUUAGAACGACCAAUACCGAUACCGAUACCGGAUGAUAAACUUCUGGCUGAGCUAACACAUGGUGGUACAUUGAAGGACUCUCUGAUCGUUGGUUACCACGAACUAGACCCGCUUCCCCAAAACAAGUCAAAAGAAAAUUUGACGGAAGCCGAGCGCAAAGCCGCUUGGGUUGACUAUGCAAACAAGCAACGCCAACGUGGGGAUGCCACGGACUUGGAGAAUCAGCAGCCUGCGUCCAAGAUCGUGCCCAACGAAAACAACAACGACCCUGUCAAGGUGAUUAUGGAUGUCCCCAGCCCUCCUGCGGUCCUGUCCGAAGUUUAAAAAGUCCCUCUCUCCUCGACUCGCCUGAAAUUACUUACUGCCUCCCGCCCCACUUUCAUUUAUCCAUUCCUUAC